GCUUAAAAAGAAUAUGAUAGCCCAGAUGAGUUGGCAAGGGCCACAUCUCUUUCUUUAUUAUGAUUUUUUUUUUCUUUUUUCUUUUUUUUCAUAAUCCGAUUUUUUGGCAUUUAAUGUUUAAAUAACGGCCCACAUCAUAAUAAUCAAUAUAUAUUUUAUUGUUUUGGAAACUUCAUGACAUCAAGCUACGAAAAUACUUUGUAUAAUUGUAUGAAGUACUCCUAUAACCUAAUAAUCUAUUAUAUAUAGUACAUACUAACAUACCAAUAUACCAUUAUAUAACAAAAUACCACUGCAUAUUCAAAACUUGCUUCAUCUUCCUCAUAAUCAACAAAUUAAUAGCUAAUUGUCCCAAAGUAGAAUAAUACAAUACCAAAAAAAUGAUGUCCAUAAGGAUAAGUAGUCUUAUCUUUGUGCUCAUGUUUACUUUGCUUGAAGCUAGAGACUCCAUUUUUAAGCACCAUCACCCUCUUUAUUAUCAUCAAGGGACUUUGGAAGCAAAAUUCUAUCCCCGAUAUGAGACUUUAGAAGCUAAAGGCAUUCAUCAAACCAUAACUCCCAAGGGUAAAAAAGGCAAGGAGGUGAGCAAUGCCAAGAAACAAAAAGUAAAAAGUGUAGGAACAACGAUUGAUAGCAUUCAUAAGCUAAAACCCUAUGACAAUGAAGCUGCUAAUAAUGAGGAUUGGUUUACUUUGAUGCACAAGGACUACUCCGGAAACAGGCGCCGUCGCCCUCCUGUUUAAGUAAAGUUCGCCGAGGCAGUGACGCCUGGGUCGAUCAAGAGCGUAAUGUCACGCUCAAUCGCUCGAGGCUUGCCCCAUGUACUAGGCGCGAUUGUAACUUUGGAUAAUAUUUGUGAGAGAUAAAAAAAUUCCAUAGUUACAACUAAUAUGUAAUAGAGGUACCAUAUCAUUGCUUUUAUGGGGGGUUCAAGAAGCCUCUACAUCGAUCUCCAUCACAAUUAAUGUAUUGAUGCAUUUCUUUUUCUUCUCUGCAAUAUGUUACGUACGACUUUUUUUGGGAUGAUUAUUCGAUUAAUGUUCAUAUGAACAACAGUUGUCUCCAUUUUUUCUCUAACCAACCCUAUAUUGUAGGGGGUGUUU